GAUAUUUUGAAGUUCCUCGCUGUUUACACCGUAGCCACACAGAAACCUUAGGUUGCAGAGAAAUCUUCUAUUAGGUUUAUCAAGUAAAGAACUCAGAGCGCAACUUGCCGCAAUUUGUACUUGAGCUAUCUAGCUUCCAACAGUUUCAAGGGAAAGAAAAGAAAAAAAAGAAAGAAAGAAAAGUUCUCCGUCUUUUUGUUAUGCUUUAUUCACAGGAGGACAUUAUCAAUGUAGAAUAAAGAUUUUGCAUGUUUUUAAAAUUGUCCUGUUUCCCUCUAUAUAUAGACCCUUGCUCAUUUCGUGUCUCGGCGUGCUCAUCUGAGUCCUCUGUAGUAGUCUGUACUUGCCUGCACUCUGCACUCUGACUGAGCUAGCCGACAUGGACUUGCGGCGCCAGACCAUCUCCAUGAAGAAAAGCCUCUUCGAUCAGGGUUACCUGGAUGAACAGUUCAGUCAGCUGGAAGAGCUGCAGGAUGAUUCAAGCCCCAAUUUUGUCGAGGAAGUUGUGGCUUUGUUCUUCAAGGAUUCAUCAAGAUUGAUGGCGAACAUAGAGCAAGCACUUGAGAAGUACCCUCUGGAUUUCUACAGGCUGGAUUCUCUGGUGCACCAGUUCAAAGGCAGUGGAUCAAGCAUUGGUGCACUGAGGAUGAAGAAUGAGUGCUCCAUGCUGAAGGCCCACUGCAACGGCAGGAAUCUGGAAGGAUGCCGCCGGUCGCUCCAGAAGAUGAAGCGGGAGCAUGCCACUCUGAAGCAGAAGCUGGAGACGUAUUUUCAGUUGCUGAGGCAAGUCGGUCCUCCAGAACGCGCGGUGAACUCAUGGAAGUAACAAGAGUAGCUAAGCAUGGGAGGCAGUUCCAAGGGAAACAAGAGGGUGGGCUACUACCUCUGCUCCAUUGGAAGAGUAUCGUAUACUCCUCGAAGUUUUGCUCAGUUACUUACUGCUGGUGUGCCGGCCCUUUUCUUUGCUGCUCAUAUGGGGGAUGUGUCUGUCUCUGGUGUGGUUUCUGUACCGUCUACUCUGAAAUGUGCAAUGGUAUCAUCAAUAUAUUUGGUCGAAUUUUGUCGUAA